AUGGAUACCAUGCAAGCCGAGCAAGGUAAUGGUGGCACGAGCCCUAGGCAGAGCUCGUGCAUUGUGAACGGCCCCAUCAUCGUCGGCGCCGGCCCGUCGGGCCUCGCCGUGGCGGCCACCCUUCGCCGGCACUCGGUGCCCUUCACCAUCCUCGAGCGCUCCGACGGCAUCGCCGACCUCUGGACGAACCGCACCUACGGCCGCCUCCGCCUGCACCUCCCCAAGGUCUUCUGUGAGCUCCCGCACGUCCGCUUCCCGCCGGAGUUCCCCACCUACCCGAGCAAGCGCGAGUUCCUCAGCUACCUCCACUCCUACACCGCGCACUUCUCCAUCUCCCCGCUGUUCGGCCGCACGGUGACUCGGGCGCGGUUCGAGGAGGCGACGUCGCUGUGGCAUGUGACCGCGGCGGCGGACGGCGGCGAGGUGACGGAGUACGUGUCCAAGUGGCUGGUGGUGGCCAGCGGGGAGAACGCGGAGGUGGUGGUGCCCAAGGUGAAGGGGAGGGAGCGGUUCGCCGGGGAGGUGCUGCACUCCAGCGAGUACAAGAGCGGGGAGAGGUUCAAGGGCAAGAGGGUGCUGGUGGUGGGGUGUGGCAACUCCGGCAUGGAGAUGUGCUUGGACCUGUGCGAGCAUGGUGCCAUCCCUUUCAUGUCAGUACGGAGUGGGGUAGGUGGUGGCAGAAGUGGAGUCAUUGGGCUGCAACGGGGCGAGGUUCGUGGACGGCAAUGA